AUGAUUAGUACGAAAAUGUUAAGAGCGGGAUCUACUAGGCGCUCUUAUACCAGACCACCGGCUCGGGCAGAAGUCUCUGUAGUUCUCCCGUCACAACCUCGCAAUUCCUCGCUGACGAGUGCACGUCCUACACAGCAGCAUCAAUCUAGCCAAUCCACUUUAUGUGCUGACAUAUAUCAAGAUGCACCCGGGGCCAUUGCAUUGCACAACACGCAGCCCACCAUCACCCCAGAUAUUUAUCUUCAAGAAAACGCUGGGCCUGCAGAGGCUAUACCUACCGAAAAUGUACCACACCAAACAGAUCAAGAUAUGGAUAGGAAGAACACUACUUCGUGCAUUUCUUUGGCAACCCUGAUUGCCUGUAUCGUCUUGGUUCAAGGAUACUGGAAAACUCCAGAGGAGAGUCCCACCUGUAAGAUUAAUACAUGUAGAGAAUCUGAUGCUACUUGCGAAUGCUCUCUCACCAUUGAACACAGGUUGACAAUGACAACAAAAGAUCCUUUGCUAGUUGUUCCAUCUGGUGGCAAGCUUUACUAUCAUAACGAUACAAACAAACGAGCCCCUCUGUCGGAUCCCGUCAUCAGUGAAAUUAUAACGACAGAUGGAUAUGGAUCCCGCCUUGUCAUAGCUAUUAAUGAAAAAUUUCCUGGGCCAACCAUAGAAGCUUACGAAAACCAGGAAAUGAUCAUCCAUGUUAGAAAUUUGAUGCAUACUGAUUCGACAACGAUACAUUUUCACGGGAUGCAUCAGCGUGGGACACCACAUGCUGAUGGUGUAGCCUUUAUAAGCCAGUGUCCAAUUUUGCCUGGACAAACAUUUACCCACAGAUUCACUGCGAGUCCGCAUGGAUCCAGUUUCUAUCAUGCACACAUAGGAGACCAGCGUAGCAUGGGUUUGUAUGGAGGGCUUAUCAUUUAUCCUCGGAACAAAUUCCUUUCUCAACCACAAGUUGGAUUCACCGUUCUCUUGCAGGAUUGGAAUCACAACGAUGAACCUGAAACUUUGUAUCAGCGCAUGCUCAACGGGAUUUACAAUUUUCAAAACAAUCCACCGACUCGAAUUGAAACUACACAGUCCGUUGAUGGCGCUAAUUUUAGUCGAUUUCAUUUUCACUCAGGUCUUAUCAAUGGUAAAGGAAGAUUUUAUUCACGGAGUCCAGUCUCGUCUUAUGGACUUCAACACAAUGGGGCCCCUCUUGAAAUAUUUCGCAUAAAGCCACGAACAACCUAUAGAUUUCGAGUGAUAAGUGCAGCAACUCUUUACCCUUUCCGCGUUUAUGUUCAAGAUCAUCCGGAGAUUACAAUUGUAGCAUCUGAUGGAUUUGAGAUUGUCAAAGGAAUUGGGGAGGAAAGUCAGGCAAUCACCGUAGAAUCGUUUAUCAUUCAUCCAGGAGAGCGAUUUGAUUUUUUAUUGUACACAGGAAAGACUGUAAACUCGUAUCUUCUAGUUGCAGAGAGUAUUGAAGUCCUACCCAGCAAUGUAUAUGAAUAUCAUGCUGCAGAGGCAAUAAUUGAAUACGAAGCCUCCCCCUCUUCAUACGUUACAUCACGAGCAAGCAAUCAGAAAUAUUGUACCAGUGGAACACCAUGUGUAACAUUCAACUGUCCAUAUCUGUAUUACCCCGACAAUGAGCACAGACAGUGUCUGCCUUAUGAUGUAGCGAACAGUAAUGAACCAAAUUCACGUUAUAGCGAAGUUGAUAUUGUUUCUGAAACGCUGUUUUUUAACUUUGCCUUUCCUGGAGAAUCAGGGAAUACGCCAGGUUCGGUUAAUGGACGUGCAUUUGUUCCGCCUGUGGCACCUAUACUCACGGAAUCGAGCAACGAACUGCGAACAGAAUGCGAUGACUCAAAAUGUCGCAUUGACUCUGUCUGCGCUUGCACCUAUUCCAUCAAUCUUGACUUUGGGAAGGUAUAUCAGUUUGUAAUGACAAAUAUUGGUAGUGGUCGAGGAUGGUCCCAUCCAGUUCAUCUUCAUGGUCACUAUUUUUUUGUGUACAAAAUGGGAUUCGGAGAAUAUGAUCAGACUACAGCCAAAUUUAUCUCUGAAACAUAUGACAUUGAAUGCAUGGGAACUAACACUACAAAUUUUUGUAAUUCUGCUAAAUGGAGAAACGAAACAUGGGACAGCAGUAUUCCUGGUUCAAAAACAAUUUACCCUCCAGAAAAAGACACCAUAAUAAUUCCAACGGGAGGAUACGUCGUUAUCCGAUUUAAAGCAAAUAAUCCUGGAGCCUGGUUCUUUCACUGUCACAUUGACCUUCACAACACCAAUGGAAUGGGAAUGGUUCUUCUGGAAGCGUCAAACAAUUACCCAUCAGCUCCAUCUGGAUUCCCAAAAUGUGGGUUUUUUGGAGAAAAUCAAAACGGAAAUAUAUCCAAUGGACCAAGAUGUGUAAUCGAUAUGGUAUUGCUGUCGUUCGUGAUAAUCGGAGGACUUUAUGUGUAAAAUGGGUAAAAUUCCAGGAGUUGUACAUAUUACUAUCAUAUCAAAUACAUGUAUAUAGUUUGUACAGGAUUCAUAUCUUGCUGAAAACGUUAUGGAAAUUAAAGUAACAGAGGUAACAUAUUAUGUCGCUAUUGUUUACAAUCUCAUACAUAAUCAUCCAUUGGUUCUAUCAACAAUUGGAAUUAAAAAGCAAAGUUACUACAUAUAAA